AUGGCAAACAGUAGUAAUGCUGAGCACUCCUCAGAGAAAGGAAAGGGGGUCGAGAUGACGAUCGAAGGAGAUGAACAGGUUUACCACAACCCAAAAUCUCAAGUACGACUUCAACAACCAUUGAUUGAUCGACUCUUCGAGGUUUCCGAUGACCAUCCAAGUGCUUCUCGUCAAGCUAUACUGGAUUCAUCAAUCCAACAGAAGUUGAAAGCCGAUCGAGAACGGUUGAACCAGCUAGGAAGCGAAGUCGAUUCGAAAGUUCGCGAAGCAUUCCGGAAACAAAGCUCUUCCCAGCAAACCAAGGAUGAUGACAAAUCGAACUCAAGCGCCCAAUUGAUGGAAGAGAUUUCGAGCAUCAAGGAGAGAGUCCAGCAACGUCGCAAUGAAAAUACGUCCGAAUUCCUUCCCGAAAUAACCCAUGCUAGGAGCGCCAUCGUUGCUUGUUUAAAACAAUACCAAGACGAACCCUUGAAGUGCACUGAACAAGUCAAUAACUUCAAGAAGGUAGUCAGGAAUCUCGAAUCAAAAUUUGUAACUUCUAUGCAAUAAAAACAAGCAGUCCUCUAGGUUUAAAUUGCCUACUCCUACAUGUUCAAUCUCUCACAGAUCAUCUCUUCAUGUAUUUAUCGUCAAUCUAGAUCGGCGUUGUUCUGCCAACAUUUCAUUUUCUUGAAAGUGAUGCCUAACACUCCACCUCCAAAUUUCAGCCUCUCUCUGCAGUUUAAUUCAGUUGGGCUUUCCCACAGGUAUGACACCAGCGUCGCUAAAACAUUACUGGAUUGGCAUAUCCUUGUGCACGGGUAGAAAAAACACUGAAUUACAAUCGCUCCGGGAUUUCAAUAUUGGCCGUAUCUCAAACAGCGGGGUCUUUCGAUGUAUCCACAUUUUUAGAUGAUUUUCCCUGUUGAAAACAAGCUAGCUAUGUGGGUCACAAGGGUCCUUGCUAAAUCCUGCUCAAUACCUCAAGGUCCGCACAUGUCAUAUCAAUUAAACCAAGACUUCCUCUCAUACCUUGCCCAUUCCAACGGUAUUUGAUUUGCAGAUGCUGCCCUACUAUCCUCACACUGUAGUUCGUGUCUUGCAACACCAAAGAAAUGAAGAUGUAUUGGACACAGUUUGCUGCUGGAACAUAAUGUGGGGAAAAUUGGUGAUGCCAAGAAACACAUGUCCAACUCAUGUGCUACCUAACCUGUAUAUACAAUGAUCCAUUAUUUGCAAGUAAGAGUUGCCCU